CCGUUUGCCGUCGUCUUACACCUUUAAGAAGGGCAGCUCCUUAAAUAACAUAACAUAACAUAACAUAACAUAUAGCCGUAGCUCGGCUGUUGGUUCUUUAGUGCGGACGUGCCGAAGGGGUUUCGGGGGCGUCCCUAUGUAGUCCGACACGCACGGCGGUCAUGUACGCGGGCAGCGCCGCGUCUGUUAAGCUAGCUCGUUAGCUGUGAGCCGGCCGGCAAGAUGAAGGUCCGCUCGUCGGUCUUCGCGUCCUUCGUUCUGAUGCUGGAGGUGGUCGGCGUGGCCGUCUUCCUCAGAGGGUUUUUCCCCGUCCCCGUCAAGUCGUCCCUGUCGUCCAAGACCAAGCUGUCGGACCUGCCGCCGGAGCCCCUGGCAGGAGGGUCCCACAACUCAUCCCGACUCCCCCAGCCCCUAUUUAAAAGGGUGGUUAUAAUGUUAGUAGAUGCUCUUCGGGAGGAUUUUGUGUUUGGUCCCCAUGGUCGGAAGUACAUGCCCUACACCAGGCAUCUGGUUGAACGUGGUUCAGCGCACAGCUUUGUGGCCAAGGCGAGGCCUCCAACGGUGACGAUGCCUAGAAUUAAGGCUCUCACCACUGGCAGUAUCCCAGGCUUCAUCGACGUGGUAAUGAACCUGAAUUCCCCUGCACUGCUGGAAGACAACUUGGUUUGGCAGGCCAAGACAGCCGGGAAGAGGAUCGUCUUCUACGGAGACGACACCUGGGUGCGCCUCUUCCCCAAGCAUUUCAUGGAGUACGACGGCACCACCUCCUUCUUCGUAUCUGAUUACACUGAGGUCGACAACAAUGUGACCCGCCACCUGGACAGCACCUUGAAGAGAGAUGACUGGGACAUUCUGAUCCUCCACUAUCUGGGCCUGGACCAUAUUGGCCAUAUUAGUGGACCCCACAGCUCCCUUGUGCAGCCCAAGCUGCUGGAGAUGGAUGACAUCCUGAAAAAGAUCCACGGCUCCCUUAUCUCAAAGGAGGCGGAGGGCUCCCUGCCGUACCUGCUGCUGCUGUGUGGAGACCACGGUAUGUCUGAGACGGGCAGCCACGGAGGCUCGUCUGAGCCCGAGAUCAACACCCCGCUGGUGCUCAUCAGCCCCGCCUUCAAGAGGAAAGUGGGGAUGGAGAAGCCUGGAGUGGUCGAGCAGGUGGACCUGACACCGACCUUGGCCCUGGGACUCGGCCUGCCAAUCUCCCAGAACAGCGUGGGCCGGGUCAUCCCGGCUGUCCUGGAGGAGACCCCGCUCAGGGACCAGCUGCGCCUCCUGCACCUCAACGGCCACCAGCUCAGCUGCCUGCUCAAAGACAGCAUGGCCGAGUACGAGAAAGAGGCCGGCUUUGAGCAGUUCCGUGUGGCAGAGAAGUCCCACGGCAGUUGGAUGAAGUUGUACCUGGAGGGCAACACCUCUGAGGUGUUGACCAACAUGGGCAAAAAGGUCCUGAAGCAAUACCUGGAGGCCCUGGCUGCCAUGAGCUCCGCCCUCAGCAAGCAGCUGGGCAAGUACGACAUGUACUCCAUGAUCGCCGGCAUGGUCUUCGUGUUUCAGCUCCUGUUGGUCCUACUGCUGGCAAUGCCAGAGGCCCUUAGUGGUUCGGCACAAGUGGACCUCCCGGUCGUCCAGUCUCUGCUCUCCCUGCCUUUCUACCUUCUGUGCCUCCUCCUUGCUUCCCUGCACGUCCUAGUCUGCACGUCAGCCGAGAGCUCCUGUUACUUCUGCAGCCUCUCCUGGGGCCUUGUGUUUGCUGCUAUUGCCUUCUCCUCAGCGAUGUUCUGUAUUUUGGUUGCUAUGGCAACAAGACAGCUCCCUUUGGGACCAAAGAUUCCUGGGAAGUCUCCAUCCAGGAGCUUUGGCAGUGAGUGGGCCCUUUCAGAGCUGGAUGUUUUGCUGCUGGCGGGCACAGUCGGCCACACUCUCAGUCUGGCCGCCAGCAGCUUUGUAGAGGAAGAGCACCAAACAUGGUACUUCCUGCUCAGCACCCUCUGCCUUGCCAUCUUCCAGGAUGUCUGCCGCAAGUACUUCAGGGAGGACAGUAGCGCCGUAGAUGAAACCGAACAUCUCCUCCCUUCCAAAGAUUGUCAUCCUUCUAUCCAUCCCCAGGCGGAGCUGUGCACAGAAAGAUGGCUAGCUCUAGCCACCCCACCAUUCAUUCUGGCCUGCUGCCGUCUUUUGCGCUCCCUCAACCAGACAGGGGUGCAGUGGGCCCAUCUUCCUGACGUCGGACACUGGCUAAACAGCUCGGAACACAAGAUGGUGCUCUCCCUGCUCGCCACCUUCUCUUUGGUUCUAGUCUACUUCCUCAUCCAAAGGCGAUGCUCUUGGGUGUCCAAGAUUGCCCUAGCCCUUGGACUUUUAGGCGUCUACAGCUACCGGGCAGCAGUUGGCAAUGUCUUGUUCCCAUGGCAACAACCAAGUCAAUACGUUUCCAAGGGCACCGUGGAGGCACGCUUCGUGUACGUCUUUGUGCUGGGGAUUCUCUUCACGGGCACCAAGGACCUGUUACGCUCCCAAAUCAUCACAGUGGACGCCAGACUUAAAAACCGGGGCUUAUGGGAGAUCUACAGCGGCCUGGUCUUGCUGGUGGCCCUCUUGUUUCGAGCACACAACCUGCCCGUGCUGUGCUGCAGCCUCCUGAUCCAGACCUUGAUGGCUGAGUUCAUAUGGAGGAGGCUGAACUACGACGCCGCCCAGACCACCAUCAUGCACUACUGGCUUGGUCAAGCUUUCUUUUACUUCCAGGGGAACUCCAACAACAUUGCCACUGUGGACAUUUCGGUUGGCUUUGUGGGACUCGAGAGUUACGUGGAGGCCCCAGCCGUCCUAUUAACAGCCCUGAGCACUUACGCGGGGCCCCUGCUCUGGGCGUGCCACCUGGUCUGCUACCUCAGUUCAGAGAGAGACAGGAGUCCAGUGACAGUUGGCCACGGCUGCUACUGCCUGGCCCUGCUGCGGUCCGUACCGGCGGCGGCAUACAUUGUGCUGGUGACCCUUCUGCGCUACCACCUCUUCAUCUGGAGUGUCUUCUCACCCAAGCUACUUUAUGAGUCGGUGCACACGCUGCUGACUGCUGGGGUCUGCCUCGUCUUCAGCAUCAUGGAGCAAAGUCAUGGCUCCGGCAAGUCUUAGGCAGCCCGGAGGCAGAGGACCCUCUGGUUUUACUGACAUUCGGGGGAUCGGAGUAGAGCGGUCUUCUUUACCACAAGUGUACCAAAUGCUCUGUUUUAGAUGUAUAUGCACUACCCUGUAAUGGACUCCAUGUAGUUCACCCACAGUACCUCAUCAUAGACUGGCAACUGGACCGUUGCGUUUUUCAGCGAGCAAUAACUACUCUUACCUUGUGUUUUCUUUUUUUCCUUAGUAGUCAUUGAAACAGUUUCAUUCUUCCAAAGAGGACAGGGAAUGUUUUCGGAUCGAUAAAAUGUGAUAAAAGAUGGUGUAAUUUCUGCAUGAAGGAAAUGCAAAUUCACUUAGCUGGGAAUUUGUGGGGCACUCAGCUGCCCCUGGGGGAGUGUGUGGUUGAUGUGAGUCUGGAUCGCUGAGUGCACAAGGCUUUGAGUUAUCAAGUUAGCCUCAGAUCAUCAUGCCCCUGCUUACAGAGCUUGAAAUGGACAUUAGCACCCCCCCCCCCCUUUGUGUCAACAUUCCCAUGUGGCUACCAAAAAUCAAUAGGAAGUCUACAAGGAUGGGAAAGGUGCUUUGGAUCUCUAAGUUAGUGAGGAAAAUGAGUGUUCAUUAGAAGCAGCUUAAAGACACUCCCCAUGUCCCUGUGUUGGUCUGAUCACUCAAAAACUGGACUUGUUCUCAUUUAAAACCCUCGUGUUGUCCACACAUUGUGUAUAUUGCCCCUGUCUUAAGGGUCAUUUAUGACCCACCUUCAUCAAACCUCUAAAUUAAAGCAACUUAAUUUAAUUUUAAACCCCAUAUCUAGUUUGCAGGAAGAAACAACUUGCAUUCAUCACAAACUGUGUGACUAUCUGGGUUUUCCCCCUUCCCGGUGCAGGAAGACUGCAUUUAAUCAGUGGACACCCCCCAUUUUUAUAGGGCCACACAUGACCUACUCAUGUCUUAGGGUCACACAUGACCCUGAGACAAUCUUAGUACCCUAGUGGUGUACAGCUUUCAUGGAAAUAUGAACAAAAACAGUGCUUCACUGUAUCUAAAGACAAAAUGUCCUGAAAAGUUUACCUGACUCGUAAGGCAGUAGCAAUAUUUGGUGGGGACCUUUCUCUCAAUGUGUGUAAAAAUACUGUUCACGAAGAGCUGCCAAUCAUGGAAAGCAAUAAAGGGAGCUGUGCCGGGAACAGCGAACGGUG